GAAACUAAAAUAUAAAGCUAGAAUAGGAGGGGCGGCAUAAGUGGGAAGGGCCUCUUUCCCACGUGUAACAAGAUUGAAGAUGGCGGAUCACGCAGCUCUCAAGAAGAAGAGAACGUUCAGGAAGUACACCUACCGUGGUGUCGACCUUGACCAGCUAUUGGACAUGAGCUAUGAGCAGUUAAUGGGACUGAUGGGUAGCCGGGCCAGGAGAAAGUUCUCUCGAGGGCUGAAAAGAAAACCACUAGUUCUAUUUUCAAGGCUUCGCAAGGCAAAGAAGGAGGCACCCCCCAUGGAGAAGCCAGCUUGUGUCAAGACUCACAUGAGAAAUAUGAUUAUCCUUCCAGAGAUGAUUGGAUCAGUUGUUGGAAUACACAACGGAAAGACUUUCAAUCAAGUAGAGAUCAAGGCUGAAAUGGUUGGACAUUAUUUGGGAGAAUUUGCCAUGACUUACAAACCUGUCAAGCAUGGUAAACCAGGUAUAGGAGCUACUCAUUCCUCGCGAUUUAUUCCACUCAAAUAAACUUGAGAGAGAAAGAGAUAAAGAGAACAGUCCUGAUUGUAUGUCUAUGAUUUCAUAAUAAUAAUAUUUGAGACUGAAAUUAAAUUAAUGUUAAUAAUAAA